AUGGUGGUGGCGGCAGGAGACAUCACGACGUUCAACAUCCAACACGGCUACGUGGAGGGACUGGUACGCGGCUUCCGCUCCGGUUUCCUGGACGAUGUGGACUACCAUCAUCUCACGCAGUGCGAGAGCCUCGAAGAUGUGAAGCUGAACCUUCAGGAGACGGACUACGACCAAUUCCUGGCCGACGAGUCGUCAGGCACCAUCUCGCCUGGUCUGAUCCAGGCCGGUACGACCAAUAAGCUCGUGGAAGAGUUCAACUUCUUGCGCGCACAGGCUAUGGAGCCUUUGGGCCAGUUCCUCGACUUUAUCACGUACGAGUACAUGAUCGACAACGUGAUUCUCCUCCUCAAGGGAACGCUCAACGGACGCGACGUGAACGAACUCAUUGGACAGCUGCACCCGCUUGGAAAGUUCGACGAGUCCAUCAUGCGCAGUAUUUGCACGUUCGAGCCGAACGCCAAGGGCUACUCGGACUUGUACGAAACUGUGCUGAUUGAUACUCCCAUCGGAACGUACUUUAGCCAGUUCCUGGAGGAAAGUGCUGGAGGUGAUCGCAUGGAAGGCACAUCCGACGUGCGCAACGUCCUGGAAGAGGUGCAGAUGGAGCUCAUCAAGAACAGCAUGCUGAAGCUGUGGCUGGAGGAUUUCUACAACUUCUGCCAGGAGAUUGGCGGUGACACAGCUACCAUCAUGGGUGAAAUUCUCAAGGCGCGGGCUGAUCGCAUCGCCAUUAACAUCACGCUGAACUCGUUCGGAACGCCGUUGAACGAGCCUGCGAUGCGUAUUUCGGACCGCAAGCCGCUGUAUCCAUCCAUCGGUUCGCUGUACCCCGACGCAACAGCGAUACUGGCCGAAGCAGGUGACGAGUCGUCCCUUGGAGCGGCUCUGGACUCGUUCCCAGUGUACCGCAAAAUUUGGGAGGUCCACCAGGGCGAAGGCGUAGACAGCAAGUCCAUCGACGACGCAUUCUACGAGCGUGACGUCCAGAUGGCGGAGUUGGCGUUUCAGAGCCAAAUGCACUUCGCGUGCUUCUACGCGUACGUGAAGCUGAAAGAGCAGGAGGUGCGCAACCUCGUGUGGAUCUGUGAGUGCAUCGUGCAAAACCAACGCGACGCCAUCAACAACUUUAUCCCGAUCUUCAGCGACACCGCGCCGUGGCGUGGCAAGGGCUCGAACAAGCAUUAA